AUGGCGUCCGCCACUGAUACGUCGCUAGCUUUUCUGCGCAAUAACCGUCUCUUCUCUGGGCUGUCAGAUGUUUAUAAUGGCUUUCAAGAACGGAGAGCAAAGCUGGGGCUGCCCAAUCCUGGUUUGGUAGAGAACGUCGCAAAGGAGGUCCAGCGCGAUGUUCUCACCACGAAUUUGAUGUUCCAAGGCCUGCGGGCCGAUCUUACCAAGGCCUUCAGCCUCAGCCCUUUAUUCCAAGUAUCCCACCAAUUCGCCAUGGGCGAGAGGCUGAACCCUUACACUUUCGCCGCCCUGUAUGGUACAAACAAGAUGUUUGCGCAAGGAAACAUUGACGAGCAAGGCAACCUUUCCACAACAUUCAACUGGAGAUGGAGCAACUCUUUUGUUACAAAAUCGCGAUUCCAGAUCGCACCUGGCGGCACAGGCCAAGACAUGGCCCAAUUCGAGAACGAGUACACAGGCGCCGAUUUCACUGCCACCAUCAAGGCCCUUAACCCUUCCUUCCUCGAGGGCGGAUUGACGGGUAUCUUCAUCGGGCAGUACCUACAGUCGGUCACCCCGAAGCUUGCCUUGGGUCUGGAAACUGUCUGGCAGCGCGCUGGCAUUACUCAGGGCCCGGACACGGCUGUUUCGUACGUUGCCAGGUACAAGUCCGACAACUGGAUUGCCAGCGCUCAGCUGCAGGCUCAGGGCGCCCUCAACGCCUCGUACUGGCAACGCUUGUCCGAUAAGGUUCAAGCCGGCGUUGACAUGACUCUUUCAGUUAAUCCUGGCGCCGCUAUGAUGGGCGGGCCUCAGAAGGACGGCACCGCCACGUUCGGCGCAAAGUACGACUUCCGUAUGUCGACUUUCCGGGCACAGAUUGAUUCCAAGGGCAAACUGAGCUGCCUUCUCGAGAAGCGGGUCGCUGCUCCUGUCAUGAUGACUUUUGCUGCUGAUGUCGACCACGUUACGCAACAAGCCAAGAUUGGAGUUGGCAUUUCCAUCGAGGCUGGUGGCGAGGAGCUUCAGGAGCAGCAGGACGCCCUUGGUGCUCAGCCUGCGAUGAACAUCCCGUUCUAG